UAGCGGUAUAGAAAGGCUGCAUCUUUCGCUCAUCAGCAUCAUCCGCUUUCCGCAUUUUGCUUAUCAGCAUCAUUCGUUAACUGUUCUGCUCUGCCGAUUGUACCUACCCCGAGUCUGUUUAUAAUAUUUCCACAAACAUUUUGAAACAUUUAAAUAAAAAAUUAUGGAGCUUAAUUCAAGUUUUCUUAACGAAGCAGAUAUUAUAAAUUCACUUGCAAAUGAAAUAAAAAAUUCUAUUGAUGUAACUUUUAGCCAAACUUCUUCAAAAUCUGAAAGAGAGGAUGCUUACAAGGUUUUUGAAAAAACAAAAUAUAUUGAACCACAAUAUGACAAAGUCUUCUCCUUUCUGUAUCAUAGAAAUUUUAGUAUUAAUAUCCGAGUUUGCUCAUUACAUUUAUUUGACCAAUAUAUCAAGACAAAAUGGAAAGAUUUUUCUAAUGAUAAAAAAGAACAAUUAAAAGUGGAGGCUAUGAGUUUAAUUAAACAGUGUGAUUUUGAUGAACCUCUGUGUUUAAAAGAAGCUACUGUUAAAGUUAUUGUUGAAAUUAUCAAAAGAACAUGGCCCCAAUAUUGGUCAUCAUUGUUAUCAGAUUUAUAUAAACUUCAAGAGUUUGGUCCUGCUCAGUUGGAACUUGUCCUUAUUAUUUUCAAGCGUUUAUUUGAAGAUCUGAAUGGCUCAGAUGACUAUUUGACAUCACAGCGUAAAAAAGAUAUGUUAUCAACUCUUGAUUCUAGUAUUGGAAUGCUUUUUGGAUUUUUUUUAACUUCAUUAAAUCAGUAUAUUGUUUUUCUAAAUGAACAACUCAACAACAUAAAUAAUCAAGUAGCUGAUGCAGCUCUUGAUGCCAUUUUAACUUUUGUAACUUGGGUAAACUUGGAACAUCUAUUUUUUCAAGAUAAGCUACUAUUUAAAUCAUUGUUUGUUCUACUCAAGUAUGAUUACUUGAAGUUCAAAGGGUGUUGCUGUCUUCAAGCUAUAUUUGAAAGAAAGGGGUACAGCCAUCAAAAAUUAGAUUUGCUUUCAACUAUGGAUAUUAAUGAUUUAAAUAUUUUGCAUGAAGCAGCAAGAAAAUCAAAUGAGUUGGCUAUUCAAAACAAUGAAGAGUAUAUGUUUUUAAAGAAACUUAUUGAGACCUUAUCAAUCUUUGGGAGAUGUCAUAUUGCUGAUAAUACAAGUAACAAUCAUUUCGAAGUUGAGCUUUUAAAUUCUUAUAUAAAGCUAAUGCUUCAAUUUUCUAUGCAUGAUAGCAUAAUUAUAAGCUUAGCUGCAACAAAAGUGUGGAAUUCAUUUUUACACCAUGAUGUUAUAAAAAACAAUCCUGUUUUUAUUGCUUGUAUACCUGACAUACUUGAAUGUUCAUACAGAAAUCUGGAUUGUGAUUCAGGCUUAAAUAAUUCCAGAAGCAUUUUCAUCAAAAUAGAUUUUGAAGAUAUUGAAGAAUUUUCAUCUACUUUUGCAGAUGUUCACUGUUCAAUGAUUGAGUUAUCUAAGAGUAUUACUUCAUUUUAUCCCAUCUUGGCAUUACAUAUGUGUGAAUCUAAAAUUAAAAUAGCAACUUCAGUACUUCCUCCAGUUAUAAAGGAUCUUUCUGCUGAGGCGCUGACAACAUAUAUUACGUCUUGGGAUUCUUUAAGUGUUUUUUCAAGGAAGGGUUUUGCUAGUGUGUUUUUCAAAAACUCUAAAAAUAUAGAUAGCAACUCAACUGCAGUUUGUAACAGUAUAUUAAAGUUAUUAAUUGAAUACAAUUGUGAGAUACCGCAACUUGUCAGCCAUGUUAUUACAACAAUAGAAGCAUUUUUCCCACUUUUUCAUUAUUCUCAAACAAAUCUCUUGCCAGUGUUUAAUUUGAUUUUUGCUAUACUUGGCAAACCACUUGAUAAUCCUGUAAUUGUAAAGUUAAAAAAUGUUGCAUCCAAAACAUUUAAAAAUUUAUGUCAAGAAAUAAAAACCAUUUUGAUACCUUACUUCAAUGAUUUGCAGGUUUACUUUAAUUUACAAUUUUCAAUCUUUCAACAAUCUGUUUUAACGAAUUACCAUAAGAAUUUACUUAUUGAAGGACUAUUAGUUGUUUGUGCAGUUUUGGACGACAGUGUUUGUAAAAAAGAGUUUAUAGACAAAUUAUUUGGUUUUGUAUUCCAAGUUUUUAAAAGGAGUGACAUACAAAGCAUUUAUCAGAGUCCUGAGUCUUUGUUAUCUUUUUUGGAACUUGAUAAGCCAGCCUCAUUAACAGAUGAAAUAUCACCAACACACAAAGAGUUCAGUUUGGCAUACAUAAUUGUUUUAUCUGUCUCUCGAACUCUUAAUGUUUGCAAUCAGAUAAAUGACAAUGAUAACUACUUUGAUGGAUCACAACACGUUUGGUUACAACACAUGAUUAAUUGCAUUCCUUAUUUGUUUGAUUUCGCGAAGCAAUAUUGCUUUUUGUGGAGUUUGAAAGAUCGUAUUGCGCCAUCAAAAAGUCACUAUCUUGAUAUUUGUACUGUGGAAUACUCAUCCACUGUUGUAAACAAUCUUGGAAAUGAUCAUGACGACUACAAUCCCACUAGCGAUUACAUGCAAUACUAUAUUUACAACCUAAAUGAGUUUACUUACACCAUUUUAUCUCAUCUUCCUACUUGUGUUGGGCCUGAGCUUUAUAACUUGCCAGGGUUAUCAGAUCUUCUUGUUGAGAAAUUAGCUAUACCUUGUGCACACUUGCCUAAUUAUAGAAUAAAGAAGGUGUGGAAAUCUUUUAUGAGAAGAUUCAUAAUAUGCUGUCCUACAAAUCGACUCAGAAUAUUAGGACCUUUUCUUGGUACUUCUUUACAAAUAAUGUCAAAGAGAUUAUCAUCAGGAUGGGAACGUAUUGAAAAUAGAAGUUCUGGUUAUGAACAAAUAAAUGAAGAAACCAUGGUUGUACAAUCAAAUAAGAUAAAUGAAAAACAAAAAAGGGAGAUAAUAGAUGACAAAGUGAUGUCUACAUUAUCUAAAGAAUUUAUUGACACCCUAUUUCUAUAUUGUACGUAUAAAGGAGAAAACAAAAAACAAGUUAUUCCUGAUGAUUCAAUAUCUAUUGGAGUAAUUGGAGACUUUUUACUUAGUUACCAGGAAACAAAUUUUACUUUGAUUUAUAUAUUUUUUUCUGCAUUGACAUGGCCAGAUUCUUCAUCACUUGUAAAAAUAUGUUCUGUUAUAAUGCCUAUUAUCAAAAAGACUUUUGCAUUAUAUGGUUCUAUCAAUCCAGUAAUACCUAGACAGUUAUUAAUUCAUCUUUUGACGGGUUUACAAAAGCAUGGAAUGGAAGUUCAUUCUGAAGCUGCUCUUUCUAAUACUAUUUAUUAUUACUACACACAUCUAAGAAUGCAGUAUCCUAACUUAGCUGAAGUCUUAGUACAAAUACCAACAUGCUCGUUUCAAAAACUGAAGGAAUUAGAUUCAGAAAUCGAUAAUGAAAACAAGUCUAAAGCAAAAUUUAGAAAACUUAUUAAAGGAGCAUGUGGGAAAAGUCUGAGUCGCACUUUUGUAAAUCAGUAUUUUUAUGAAGAACUGCCGCCAUUAGCUCGUCGAGAGAAAAAUGAUAAUUCAAUAUUUUACGAAAAUGAUCCUCUUGUACUUUGCACUUUAUUUGGUGAUGAUGAUAAUAAGUAAUCUUUUUAAAGAAGUAAUAUUUUUAAAGAAAACAAAAA